CAUCCUAAUAAGAUUAAUCCUCUCCCUACUUCUCUUCUACAAACCCUAAAUCCUUCCCCUACGGCCGAUCGGAAGUAUCGUCCUUCUUCUCUUCUGCCUAGUUUCUUCACCGCCGCACGAGCUAGAUACCUUUGUGUAUCAACUGGUGCUUUCAUCCACGUACUCAUGGCUGAUUCUGGAAUUCCCUCUGAUACUGUUACUCUCGCCGACAUCAUGGGUGCUAUCGCCGAGUUGCGGACUGAUCUCCAAACCACCAAGACCAGGGUGGCAGAACUGGCAGUGGCAAACCGGCCGGGUACAGAACACCAGCGACGUCCUCCGGCGCAGUUUACCCCUGGGUGGCGGCCUCCUCCUUCACGCACGACACCACCCACACUUGAACCCGCCCCACGGAUGCGGGUGGAUGCCCCUCGUUUUUCCGGUGAGGACCCGACGGGCUGGAUUUUUAAGACAUCUUCCGUUAUGGACUAUCAAUCGGCUUUCGAGACAAUUCUCAACAAGGUUUCGGGCGUACCAGAGGCGACUCUGAUUGCCAUGUUCAUUGCGGGUCUCAAACAACCGGCCGCGGCAUCCUAUUCGGCUAACCGGAAACCAUGGCAGUCACGGCAGACUCCUCCCUCUGGCACAGGUAUCCUGCCGACCCCCAACCCUGCACCACGGCCACCCCAACUCACAGGCCGUUCGGGGGACAAGUCCUCUCUGCCCGUUGUCCAUUUGUCUCCUGCCGAAAAAACGGAACGUAAUAAAAAAGGGCUUUGUUGGUAUUGUGAUGAAAAAUGGGUGCCGGGGCAUAAUUGUAAACACCGUUUUUUGGUUCUCAUGGGUCCUGAUGAUGACGACGAGGUUAGCGGCGAUAUUUCCACAUCCGGCCAGCCCGAGGACACCAUCACCGGGGAUGUUUCGAGUAUACUAUCUUUGGCAGGCAGCCCCCGCUCGUUGAAGAUGGCCGGUUCCAUCAAUGGUAUGGCAGUUCAGGUUCUAUUGGAUGGGGGCAGUACCCACAAUUUUUUACAUCCCGCGGUGGCCGAACGUUUGGCGUUGGUUCUACACCCUACCCCGGCUUUUCGCGUCUAUGUAGGUAACGGUGAUUCGUUACGUUGCGCCUACUCCUGUCCGCAGACCCCUUUAUCAUUGCAAGGCCACGUUUUUGAGGUGGAUCUUUAUGUGCUUUCUAUUCACGGGCCCGACGUCGUACUUGGCGUUCAGUGGCCCCAGACGCUCGGCAAAAUCUCCCAUGAUUAUUCGGAAAUGACUAUGGAAUUUUCUUGGCAGGGCCGUCCUAUUACUCUUCGCGGCGACACCCCUACUCCGCGACCCAUCUCUUACAGUCAGUUCUGCGCCCUUGCUGCGUCACCCGAGCCGUGUGAUUAUUAUGAGCUUGUGUCUUCCGCUGAUACCAUCACCGCACAAGGGGCACCAUCAGAGGUUAUCCCCGCUGAUGUCCCACAUCCUAUCCAGGAACUACUGGCCACAAACCGCGUCGCCGAUGCAUUAUCUCGCCGGGAAGACGAUUCGGACCCAGCCAAUCUGUUCACCGUGUGUGCACAGCCCAUUCCUCACCUCCUACAGACCCUAAAGACAGAGAAUUCUUCACUGCCAGACCUGGUGUCAUUACAUACAGCGGUCCGUGACGGGUCAGCGCCUUCGCAUAUCUCGGUUCAUGAUGGGGUCCUUUAUUACAAUCACCGUUUGUACAUCAGCCCUGCGUCACCCCUCUGCCAACAACUCCUCCAUGAGUUUCACGCCACACCUACGGCCGGCCACCAGGGCGUCGACCGCACAUUUCGCCGUUUAGCAGCCAUUUUCUUCUGGCCAGGCAUGCGACGGGCGGUAUGCCAGUUUGUGGCUUCAUGCACGGUGUGCCAAGCCACGAAGUACUCGACGCAAAAACCCGGGGGUCUCCUGCAACCAUUGCCCAUUCCCGACCAGCAGAGGAUGUGCGCCCAGGCUAAUCGCCACCGGCGGGAGGUGGUAUUCAACGUCAGCGACAUGGUGCUCCUUCGGCUACAACCCUAUCGGCAACACUCUUUGGCACGUCCUGGGUCGUACAAGCUGGCUAAACGUUUCUAUGGGCCCUUUGAAGUUUUGGAACGGGUGGGGCCGGUUGCAUACCGCCUCCGUUUACCGGAGACUUGCCGCAUACACAAUGUAUUCCAUGUCUCACUCUUGCGACCCUAUGUUCAGCGGGAUGACAGUGCCGUGCUACCCUCUUUACCUCUGGAAUUCAUCAAGGGAAGACCAUUAUCUGUCCCGGUCGCAGCAUGGGAUCGUCGUCGGGUGCUGGUCAACGGGGAACCGCGGGACGAGUGGCUCGUGCAGUGGUCGGAUGGCACCCCGGCAGAGGCUACAUGGGAACCAGUCCAGGAACUAAUUGCUGCUUUUCCAGAUUUACGCCUUGAGGACAAGGCUAUGGCUAAGCGGGGGGGAGUUGAUACGGGCCCAAGCAUAGAUGGGCCGACCGAUAACCAUGCUGAAUGCCCGAAUAGGACCCCAACUCCCUUACGUAUUCAUCCUAAUAAGAUUAAUCUUCUCCCUACUUCUCUUCUACAAACCCUAAAUCCUUCCCCUACGGCCGAUCGGAAGUAUCGUCCUUCUUCUCUUCUGCCUAGUUUCUUCACCGCCGCACGAGCUAGAUACCUUUGUGUAUUUAAGGAUUUUCUUAACAGAAAGCAACCGGGAGGAUUUUCACCUUUUAUUCCAGGAUUGUACCCACAAUCCUCACCUCAAACUAACAUCAUUCGCCUGGUCGUCCCGACAAACCUAAUCGGGGAGAUGGACAAAGCAGGCCCGUCCCGAUCCAGGAGGAGCCGGUCCCGCAGGUCGCAGACAAAGGUGACCUUGGAUGGGAAUGUGCGUUCAGUCCAUAGCAAAGACGAGGAUUGGGAUGUCCCCCAAGCGCUCAAAAAAUUGAAAGGAAAGGAUGUUCAACCAGAAGGAUCUAGGAGCCGGGCACCACGAGAGGAGGAAGCAGAAAGCCACCCCAGGCACACGACUCGUACCCUUGUUGAGCCACGGGAUCGUGUGGGCCGGGUUGAGGCACGAUUGGAGAAGCUACAGCGCCGGGUAGACCGGGAGGAAAAGAAGAAAAUCCUGUUGAACGAAUCCCCGUUCACAGAUCGGGUUCAUGAAACCCCAUUUCCAAAGAAGGCAAAACUUGAAGUCCCGAAGUUCACCGGGAAGGAGGACCCGGAAAUUCACGUCAAAACCCUCCAUCAAAGUGGGCGGAUGAUGGGUCUUUCCGGGGAUGAGAAAUGUUUGCUUUUCUUUCAGACCCUCCGCGGCCGCGCCUCCGAGUGGUUUCAUAACUUACUGGCCGGUGAAAUUGAUUCUUUCGAUGAACUGGCUGAGGUGUUUCAAGAAAAGUUCAAAGAAAAUUGUACCAAUCGGAAAAAGUUUACCUACUUGAGUACAGCCGGGCAGCGAGAGCACGAGGAUCUGACAAAAUUCCUUACCCGGUGGAAGGGUGAGGUUGAUAAGGUGGAGGAGAUGGACGACAAAACAGCCAUGUCCCUCCUUGUGUCCGGGCUCCGGUCUGGAGAAUUGUACAAGGAAUUCUGCAGGAGGCCUCCCCAGUCCUACCAGGAGGCAUACAACACAGCUUGGGAUUAUGCAGACGCUGAAGCACAGGUGUCGUCUAAAAGGGAGGCCGAGCAGGGCCAUCCCAAAGGAAAGAUUUCCUUGAAGAAGGAAAUUGAACUGCCCGGUAGAGCAAAGGCUGAAGUCAUGGAGGACCUUCCCGCCACCGGAGAAGAUCACAAUGACCCCCUGGUGAUAACUAUGGACAUGGGUGGAGUUGAUGUCUCCCGGGUACUUGUUUACACGGGCAGCAGUGUUAACGUUUUGUACCUGGAUGCAUUUGAGAAGCUCAAGUUGUGUCGAACACGGCUUGAGCCCUUAAAGACUCCCCUGUCUGGGUUUACCGGGGACUCAGUCGAAGUUGAGGGGUCGAUCCUUUUAAAUUGCGAGCUGGGCACAGGUGAACAGGUCGUCCAGAAACAAAUGAGGUUUGUAGUUGUGAACAUCAAAUGUGUUCACAAUGCCAUUUUGGGCUGGCCUGGGAUAAAUAAGGUCCGUGGGGUCAUCUCCAUGGCCCAUCUCUGUAUGAAGUUUUAUACCCCGGGAGGUAUAGGACAAGUCAGAGGAGAUCAAAAGAAGGCCCGGCAUUGCUAUUUGGAAGCUGUAAAGAAGAUGACGAAGGCCUUUGAGAGAGUCACUUUGGUCUCUCAAGAGGAAGACCGGUCAAACCUGGAACCGGGUGACGAGACCGAGCAGAUUGUUCUCCGGGAAGCCUUCCCAGAAAGAAUGGUACGGAUCGGAAGAGAUCUGCCCGGAGGACUUCGAGAUGAAAUCAUCUCAGUUCUUCGGGAGUAUGCAGAUAUUUUCGCCUGGAGUGUGGCGGACAUGCCGGGCAUUGACCGCUCUGUUAUUUGCCAUCGUUUGGCUGUGAUGGAAGGGAGCCGGCCUGUGAAACAAAAGAAGAGGCACUUGGCGAACGUCCGGAGGUACUUUGUGAAAAAAGAGGUGAAGGAUUUGUUGGCGGUCGGGCACAUACGGGAGGGUCAAGCUUUGGCAGACUUCCUCGUUGAACUAACCGGUCUAGAGCCCGAAGCCGGACCUUCCCAUACGGUCGAACCGUGGUGGGAUAUGGCCGUUGAUGGAGCCUCUGGACCGAAGGGAUGCGGGGCCGGCGUAGUCUUCACUACCCCGGAAGGAUUCAGGAUCUACCAUGCCCUAAUUUUCAACUUCAGGCUCACCAACAAUGAGGCGGAGUAUGAGGCGUUGGCCGGUGGCCUCAGAUUAGCCCGGAAACUCGGAAUAAAAAGGAUGAAGAUCCGUUCCGACUCAAGUCUAGUGGUUGGACAGGUCAAUGGUGAGAUGGAAGUAAAAGAGGAUCGCCUGGCCCGGUAUAGUGAUCUGGUCCGAGCGCUUCUAAGGGAAUUAGAAGAGUUUCGUUUGACUAGGAUACCCCGGUCGGAAAACGCUGAUGCAGAUAUGCUUUCAAAAUUGACGCAAGCUUGCCCAGAGCAUGUGUCGAAGUUGGCAAAAAUUGAGGUCCUAGACGUGCCAAGUACAGACCGGUUUGAAGUCGCGGCCAUCCAACCGGGCCAGACAUCAGCAACCGGGAUAAUCGGGGCAGAUGAUGAAAGAUGUAGAACGUGCCAAGUUUUUUACAAACAUCCCGGCAGACCGGCCACUUAUUACCAACCAACCUCUAAUGUCAUACCAUUUACCCGGUGGGGGAUUGACAUUAUUGGAGCCUUCCCGGUUGCCCAAGGCGGAAAGAAAUUCGUGAUGGUGGCUAUUGAUUACUUCACUAAAUGGAUCGAGGCUGAGGCGAUGGCCACCAUAACCGUACGGCAAUGUGAGAAAUUUGUUUGGAAAAACAUCAUCACCCGGUUUGGUGCCCCAAAAAUCAUUGUCACCGACAACGGUCCACAGUUUCGCAACCCCCAGUUCUCUGCAUACCUUGCUAGCUUCGGGGUCAAGCACAGCAAGGCAUCGGUGGCAUAUCCACAGGGAAAUAGCCAAGUCGAAAACGCUAAUCGAACAAUUGUGGACGGUCUUAAAAAGAGACUAGGCGAGGAAGGACACAAGUGGCUGGAAGCUUUACCUCAUACGAUCUGGGCGCAUAGAGUGACCUCAAGGAGGGCGACUGGGGAGACUCCUUUUGUGCUCACUUAUGGAUGUGAAGCCUGGUUACGAGUAGAGGCAGAAAUCCCAACAUUUAGAGAGACUAUGUAUCAGCCCGGUCAGAAUGAGGUCGAUCACCUCGCUGAAUUGAAUCUGGUGGAAGAACGAAGGACCAUAGUAGCUGUCAGGAUGGCCGGUUACCAGCAGUCAGUAAAACGGUAUCAUGACAACCGGGUAGGCCCACGAUACUUCCAAGUGCAUGAUGAAGUUUUGCGCAGGAGGGAUGCUAGUAAGCCUAAUGAGAGGGGCAAACUGGCACGUAACUGGGAAGGGCCCUUUCGUGUAAAAGCAAUUGUCAGACCGGGCACUUAUCAGUUGGAGACUAUGGAAGGUGGCCGGGUCGAUCGACAUUGGAACUCUCACCACUUGCGUAAAUUUUUUAGAUAAAGUGUAAUGAGUUCCCGGUCAUUAAUAAAACUUUGUUCUUUUC